GUGCGUCAAUACACAAACUGCAUAAAACAAAGGGUUUUCGCAUCCAGUCAGACACAUUAAUCUGAAAAGCAAAAUGGCGUUGAUGAGAAUCUACAAGGCUGUAUUGUUUACCAUGUUUAAUGUAUGGAUUUUCGCGACAGCGGAUGCUGAUGUUGGGUCCCAAACUGAACAGUUACGAACAAAUCAAACUGAAAGUGGCCAUUCAAAAAUCUUUCAAAAACCAGCUUUUUCUGCGAGAACGAUGACCAUCUUUAAUCCCCAAAAUAUGGAGAGUAAGUUUUUUGAGAUUCACACGCCGGACGAGAUUAUUGUCUUCGACGAGAUAAUAACAAACACAGGAAGUCACUACUCUUCAGUCACUGGUAUUUUUGUGGCGCCAUCUGCUGACCAGUAUUUCUUCGCAACAAGCGUCAAGGACGUGUCAAAUCGAGACGGUACAACUUUACACAUUGUACAUAACGGUAGAAGAGUGGCAGAGAUAUCAGCUGUUCGGGGUGCGAAUCUGGGCCAGGAACCACAGGGUUCUAAUUCUGUUGUGCUAGAACUGAGUGCGGGCGAUGAGGUUGCCGUAAGAAGUUUCAAUGCAGGAGGAAAAGUUAUUGGUUCUUUUACCGGGUUUAAAAUCUAACAUGACUUUUAGAAAGAAAAUUGGAAAAGAAGGUGACGUUGUUAAUAUAGUUGAUAAGUGUCAGGCCACAGAGUAAACGCCAGCUUCGGAGGUCAUGUUGAAAUCGACAAAAAUGAAAUAAUUAAACGUAUUUACUUACAUGUUUCUUCUGUUAAAACUUGGCCGGUAUUUAUAUGUUCUUUUUUAAUAUACAUUUAUUUACAAAAUUUACGAUAUGAAAAGCUUAAAAACAAAUGAAUGUUUUAUCAAAUACGACUGAUAUCACAAAUUGAAAAUAACCGUUGGGUGCAGUAGCGAUAACAUCACCCUAUCAAGGGUAUGUACGUUUAACCUGUGUAUCUAAACCAGGCCAUUAUCUCAAUGUUUAUAAAUUUGUUUCAUUACAUCAUGUUAAAAGCACUGUUGCAACACUAUUUCAGUUACAUCCGGUUGCCAAAACUAUAGCACCUACAGUCGCAGUUCUCCUAACUGUGGUCAGUGUGAAUAUCAAAUAUGUGAUCUUUCCUGUUGGAUUCUGUCCUUUAAUUUGCCACUGACUGUUCCAAAGAGGUUCUUUGCAGUGUUCCUUCUUUAUGUACGGUCGUAAUUUAUUUCUACAUGUAUGUUUUAUAUAUCUCUAUUGUUAUUUCAUUUGUAUAUAUGUGUUUUUGAAUGCGUCCUUACAAGUACUUGUUUUUUUUUCUAAAAGGAACUAGAUGCAGACUAAAUAAGCUAAAUAAAUUAGUAGAACUUUCGGAGGGACUAUUGCAAAUUAAGUUCAAACAAGAAAUAUCUUUAAAAAUGAUGGUCGGCGAAUUGUAAUAAGGAAAGAAGUUUAUGAAUUUUUCAUCUAACAUUCAUCUUUCAUCUAACAUUUUUCAAAUUGCAAAACUAAACACCGCACUUUAACAAUUUAAAUGGUUCUCUUUUAAUUUUUCGCAAAGGUUUCGUAGAGUUGCAAUUUUGUUUCGUUUAUCCUUAGACGAAUAAUUACAGCAGUAGUUUGAUGAAGAUUCAUGAAGCGGUUCAUGAGAAGAGGUCAUUAAACGAGUUUAUAUUUUUAGCUAAGUUGGUCCCUAUCCCCAUUUGGAACAAAAUAGCAGGAGACCUUACGAUAUUGUUACACAUCGAGUUUGAUAAAAUUCAUUACAUUUUAGUGGUUAAUGCGAAGAAAGGCAUAUCUACUUUUAGCUAUAGUGGUCCCUAUUAGGGCCCAAGUUGCUAUAUAAAAUUUGGAAGAGGACCUUAUAAUGAUGGUCCAGACCAAGUAUGACAAAGAUCCACCAAGCUGUUCAUGAGACGCUGUAUAAGGCAUUUCUAGUUUUAGCUCUAGCAGUCCCUAAAAGGGGUCAAAUGUCCCAGCUGAACAAAGUUGGUUGCGGGCCUAAUAAAGAUGCUACAAAUCAAGUUUGAUUAGAUUACAUGAGAAAAAAUUAAUUAAAGGAUUUUUUUUAUUUAUUAUUUUUAUUUAUUUCUAAAAUAGGCCAACUGAUCCCGCUUUGACAAAUGCAUAUUCGCUAUUCAUGAAUCUUUGGACAAUGACGUCACACCUAUAAAAAAGUGAAGGUCAAACAAAACAUACAAUUGAAAUUAUUUCAAUAUUUCUGUUUCAUAAACAAAGUUUGACCGUAGUCAUAUCACAUUGAUAAACUGUAUGCAGAGUACCUUCAUUUCAGUGUAAUGAGAUUCAGUCAUUAUAUAGCAUAUAUAUAAUGAAACAGAUUUCAACUGAGUUCAAUAUUUGCAUACCAUAUUAAAGAAAAAUAUUCAUAUAUAAUAAAUCAAUCAGUUAAAUAAUUUAUAACAAAUAAAUCAAAGCAAACAAGUACUCAUUUUAAUAUGCAAUCUGAGUCACAAAAGCAAGAAACCUUUUCAUAUACAGACGACAAUUGUAACAAGGAAAAUCUUUUAAAAAGCACUUCUCUACAUAAAAGACUCUUAUCACACCCUUAUUCAUGUGAUACGCAGACCGUAUUCGGCUCUUUCUUUAAUUUGAUAUAUGUUGGUAUUUGAACAGGUUUUUAUCAUAUUUAUUAAACUUACUUAUCAUUUUGAGAUAUAUCAAUAUUCUUGCUAAAUAUACUGAGCCAAAGUUAGCUUUAAAAUUGUGAACAGCGUCGUUUAGGAUAAACGCUUUGUCUACAUUUCACUCAGCGUAGCACAAUCAACAGAGUGAAAGAAAUUGACACUCUCGUCCAAUCAGGCAGAGUGUUGCAUAAAUCUUCCAUUUUGAUAAAUUAUCUAUAAUGCGUUAUCAAGUAGUUUGAUUCGCAAACUGUAGUCAGGUGACAUAGGUAACGAAAACGAAUUUAGACGGCGUCGCCGAAAAAUUGUGUUUGUUAUGUUUAUUAAAAACAAGGAUAUAACUAAAAAUGUCAGUGAUCUCAUAUCUCAAAGAACCAGGUUAGAUAUUCUCUCACACCGCUGGACUAUUUGCAACAAACAAGACUCAGAUGAUAUGCAAGCUCCAUAACCUCAGAUCCCACUUCUAAAUUCCAUUUUGUUCAGUUCUGCCCAUUGUUUUCACGUUUAGGGCAAACCCAUUUUAACUGGGGACCAUACGCCGCUUUUCAUGGAAUUACACGCUAGUGUAUCAUUGAAGGUUCUGUGUGAACCGCCGUAUGAACACAUCUGCGGAUGUCUCUAAAUUGUUUUUGUUGUAUUUGUAGCAUGUAUAAAUAUUGAGUUCUGCUCAACCCGGGACGGUAGCAUGCAUUUCCACUACCGUCCCUGAACAGGCUCAAUCAAACCAAGCCUGCAACAUUUUCUUUUUUGUCGUGUUGCAAUUGAGCGACCUGUGGAGAUCUUACUUUUUCUAUUUCAGAUUAUAAAAGAUAUUGCUUACAGUAGUUUGAUAUAAUUUGGUACCAUGUGGAAAGAAAAUUUGUGGUGUUAUUCCUUAUAUUUCCAUAUAAACAAUUUUACCACCCAA